AAGCAGCAGCGGCGCGGAAUGCAGAUGAAAGCGUAAGACAAGGAAGAGAAGUUAGAAAAAGAAGGAGGAGAAGAGGUCAAGAACCAUCAAAAGAAUCGCAGUUCCAAGGAGAAAAGAGAAUAUCUCUUCUCGGACCGUCUCUCUUGUCCAGGAGCUUUCUUGUAUUGCACUCUUGUUCCGAGGAGAAAGAAGGCGGAGUGGGUGCCUGUAGUUCGCCCUUCCCCUAUCUACCUAAACAAUCUGACACUGAGAGGGAGAAAAUCUCUCUGAUCGUCUGUGUGAUCUCAUAUUUUAUCGGACACUUUCCAUCAUGCUUCUGAGAAGUGGGACCACGAUCAUUUUGCUGAUGGUCGCAUUGGAGAUUUUGACCGUGGCUUCCUCGUCAUCGCUUUCCUCUCCAUUCCCAACCAAGCUUCUUCAAAGCAGGCCCUCCCGGUCUACAUCGCUAGCAGCGAAAGUUUUUGCUUUGAGGCUCAGAGGUGGCGUCGAUGGUGAAGAUCCUGCGGCCGACCAGCAAUAUGAGAAUUUGAGCCGUGAUUCGAAGGUUUACAUGGCAAAGAUUGCAGAACAGGCAGAACGAUAUGAUGAGAUGGUGAAGGCCACAAGAUCCAUUGCCAAGAUGGGGGUAGACCUGACCGUUGAGGAACGAAGCCUACUCUCUGUGGCGUACAAGAAUGUCGUCGGAACUCGUCGUGCAAGUUGGAAAAUCAUUUCAUCCAUCGAGCAAAAAGAAACAGAUGAGGAGAAAUUAGCGCUGAUCCGCGAGUACCUCGCAAAAGUUGAGGGAGAGCUGUCCGAUGUUUGUCGUGAUAUCAUUUCCCUUCUCGACAAAUUUCUCAUUCCGUCUGCCAAGGAGGACGAACCCAAAGUCUUUUAUCUCAAGAUGCAUGGUGACUACUGGAGGUAUCUUGCAGAAGUGGCUUCUGCGGACAUGAGGAAGGCAGCAUCGGAUGCUGCUCUAAAAGCUUACAGCGCCGCUCAAGACAUCGCUGUAGAGCAUCUUGCCACUACACAUCCCAUCCGGUUGGGAUUGGCUCUCAACUUCUCUGUUUUCUAUUACGAAAUUCUUGGCCUGCCAGAGCAAGCAUGUGCGCUUGCGAAACAAGCUUUUGAUGACGCCAUAACGGAUCUGGAUUCAUUGAGUGAGGAAUCCUACAAGGAUGCGACACUUAUCAUGCAACUACUCCGAGACAAUCUCACAUUAUGGACCUCGGAUGUUGCUCAACCUCCAGCUCAACAAUAAUUUUUAUUUGUAGAUCU